AUGCAAUCGUAUCAAGAUAAGAUAGAUUGUUUUAUACAGAUACCUAACAUUGGUAGAGGUAAAAUUAAAUAUAUUGGACCCGUAGAGAAUAAAAAUGGUUAUUUCGUUGGUGUUGAUUUACUUGCAAAUAUUGGCAAAAAUGAUGGUUCAUUCUUAGGAGUAAGAUAUUUCACGACAGAAUAUCCACAGAGUGGGUUAUUUAUUCAAUUUCCAAAAGUUGCUCAUUUGGUUGAACAGGCUUCGAGAGUCGCACUCGCUAGUGCACCACCAUCUACUCGAACUACUAUAAUAAAUGAAUCUCUUAGAAAUGAUUUCAACAAAGAGACAUCUCAACCACCUCCAGCUACCCCUAGGAGAAGUAUGAUGAUGAAAAAUAAUAUGGAGACAAUGACAAUCCCAGAUUUAAGACCUCAUCAAGACAACAUACCUCGUGAGGGUAAUCAAAAUAAUAAUGAUGAAGAUGAUUCUAUGGAGAUAGAUGCUUUUUCUUCUUCUGUGAUGGUGGAUCAACCAUUGAGUCCCGAACAAAAACAACAAGAAUCCGUCACAGAAACAAAUGUUCAACAAUAUAUCAAUACAAUAGAGCAACAACGACAAACAAUUGCUAAAUAUGAAGUCUUACUUAAUGAACAAAGAGUAGUAUUAGAGGAAAUUCAGCCUGUAAUAGAUGCAUGUGAACAAAAAUCACAAUUAUUACAAGAAGAGCGAAAUCAAUUGGAGAAAAAAGUUACAUUACAACAAUCUGUUCAAGAAAAACAGCGAGCAGAAUUUAUUGAAGAACAAGAACAAUUAAUGGCAGCUGUAGAUAAAUUGAAUGAAGAAAUUAAACAAAAUGAGAAACGAAUUGCAGAGAAUUCGGCAACUGCAUCUUCAGGUUCAACAGUGGUGGAUAGUGAAGAAUUAGAACAGCUCCGGAAAUAUAAACAAGAUAUGGAGAGUGCAAAAGUCAAAUGGGAUAAAGAGAAAGAACAAUUACGGAUGCACAAUGAAUCUCUCAGUAAAGAAUACAAAGAGUUAAAUAAAGAACUAAUGGCUUUAAGUAAUAAUGAUACAGGCGAUUCCAAUAAAAAUGAGGAUAUUGAUAGAUUACUUCAACAGAUUGAUCACCUAGAACAACAACUUUCAAAAGCAAGAAAAGAAAUCAAAGAAUUAAAGAUGGUUAAACACCAAGAAAAGAAACCUCAAUAUUGUGUAUUAUGUGAGAAAACUGGCCAUGACCAAUUGCAUUGUCCUUCUCAGUACGUGACAAAUCAAUAA